AUGAAAAAAAAUGUAACUGAAUUCAUUCUGCUAGGUCUUACACAAAGUCCAGGGCUUCGAAAAAUAUUUUUUGUCAUAUUUUCUAUCACAUAUAUUGUCACAAUUACAGGAAAUGUACUCAUUGUCAUAAAUAUGACUUCCAGUCAAACUUUGAGAUCACCCAUGUACUUUUUUCUAACCUUUCUAUCCAUCAUGGAAGCUACCUACUCUUCAGUCAUUGCUCCCAAGAUGGUUGUGGAUUUACUCAAGCAUUACUCAAUCAUCUCCCUGGAAGGCUGUCUGACUCAGAUCUUUGCAGCGCAUUUCUUUGGUGGUGUAGGAAUCAUCCUCCUUGUGGUCCUGGCUUAUGAUCAUUAUGUGGCCAUCUGUAAACCCCUUCACUACAUGACCAUCAUGAAUCCUCGGGUGUGUCACCUGCUGGUGGCAGCAGCCUGGAUUGGGGGAUGCAUACAUGCCACCAUUCAAAUUCUCUUCAUGGUUCAUCUUCCCUUUUGUGGCCCUAAUGUUAUAGAUCACUUCAUAUGUGACUUAUUCCUAUUACUACAACUGGCCUGCAUGGACACUCAAGUUCUUGGCCUUUUAGUCAUUGCUAACAGUGGAGUAAUGUGCCUGUCAAUCUUUCUCAUGUUAAUUGUUUCUUAUGCUGUUAUCCUCUUUUCCUUGAAGGGCACUAGUUCAGAAGGAAAAAGAAAGGCCCUUUCCACCUGUGGUUCUCACUUCACAGUGGUGGUCUUGUUUUUUGCUCCCUGUAUAUUCUUGUAUGUGAGGCCAGUGGUCACUUUUCCUAUAGAUAAAGCUAUAAAUGUAUGUUCUACUUUGAUUACUCCCAUGUUAAACCCCUUCAUCUACACCCUUAGGAAUACAGAGGUUAAAAAUGCCAUGAGGAAACUCUGGAUUACAAAAGUGACUUGGCCUUUUCAAGAAAAUAUAUCUAACAAUCAAACCAUUUAA